GAGAGUCGGGUGGACCAGCAGAGGAGGAAGCGCAGUUUCCGGCCGCUGGCAGCAGAGGGACAGAACUCCCGAGAAGAAAAAACACGCCGGCUCGGGAAAACGCUUUCCAGCACCGGUAGUGGCUUAUUUCCACCCCCCACCCCCGGCAAAAUUGGGGGGCCCGAGAUCGUGCCUUUUUUUUUUCUCCUUAAGAAACAAGGGACUUGUACCACAAACAGUGCAAGAAGCGACACAAGGCGGGGGUGAGCCACAAUCCACCGGCAUGGCCAGGGACUACGAUUACCUCUUCAAGCUGCUCAUCAUCGGUGACAGCGGAGUGGGGAAGAGCAGUCUCCUGCUUCGUUUUGCAGACAAUACAUUUUCAGGUAGCUAUAUCACCACAAUCGGCGUGGACUUUAAAAUCCGGACGGUGGAGAUCAAUGGGGAGAAGGUGAAGUUACAGAUCUGGGAUACAGCAGGACAGGAGCGCUUUCGCACUAUCACAUCCACGUACUACAGAGGAACACACGGCGUCAUCGUGGUCUACGACGUCACGAGCGCAGAGUCCUUUGUCAACGUCAAACGAUGGUUACAUGAAAUCAACCAGAACUGUGAUGAUGUGUGCCGAAUAUUAGUGGGAAACAAAAACGACGACCCCAACUCCAAAGUGGUGGAGACCACCGACGCGCAGAAGUUUGCCGAACAAAUGGGCAUCAACCUAUUUGAGACGAGCGCAAAAGAGAACAUCAACGUGGAAGAGAUGUUCAACUGCAUCACGGAGCUGGUGCUCCGAGCCAAGAAGGAGGUGAUGGCCAAGCAGCAGCAGCAGCAACAGAACGACGUGGUCAAACUCACUCGGAAUAGUAAACGGAAGAAAAAGUGCUGCUAGCGAUCGUCGCGCCUUGAUCGCAACCGGAUGGGACUCACAAAGUCAAAAUUAAAGAUUUACAAAAUAUACGCUAAAGAUUAAAGAGAAAAAUAUGCGUCCCCUUUGGACUAAGUAAUGAUGAAGAAAUAUAUGUACAGAUUUUAUUAUUGAAAAGGUCUGAUCAAAAGUCUUAUUUGGAAUCGAGCGGCAGCGGCUCCUUUACGUCAAGGGUCUGCAACGUGACGACUGACUGCCACAACGCUCCUGUGUACAUCCCCGUCAUCACGCCAUUGUCAUACAAGUCCCGCGUCUCAUCCUUCCUCUUUCUCUCACUGCACAGGACAUUAAGCACUUGAGGAGAGGGGCCUUUCUUUCAUGACUUUUUUUCUUCUUCUAGCUGCAUUAUUUUGGGCUGGGGGAAUAUUGGGAGAUGUCGAUGGGCAGGGGACUUCGCUUUAGCACUGAUCACGCCAAGAGAUCAAGAUGAAAUUCCAACAUGUCUGAUGUGACGGCCGUCAAAUCAAAUGAUUGCUAGUCUGAUUCAUCGGACAAAGCCAAUUUUUUGCCAAGAUUUCUUCUAACCGGGUCUGAACCAACAAUCUUUUUGAUUUGACUUAUCUCCUUUUUCCUCUCUCUCUCACUCUUUUUUUUUUUCUUCUUCUUCAAAGUGAAGCAGAGGUGUCAAGCUGCUGCAGUCUUAAUCCACUUUCUGGUGUCAUUUUGAAUUUUCCGCUUUUUCUUUUUUUAAACCGUGAUACAGUUCAACAGCGGCGGUGCGCCUCGUUGUUGCCAUAGUAACGCCUAACGUUUCCUAUGGCAAGUAAAUUUGAGCAUUUAAUAUUCUACUAGUUCACUGAAUUAUCGUUGUACUAGUAAACCCAUUCCCUUCCCUUGUGCUUUUUGUCCAGUCACCACUCAUCAGCGCCUCCUAUUGGUCCGUCAGAAGCCAAUCAGUCCCCUUGCCUGUUGGCUGCUAGCCCAUAAUUUGUGGGGGAGUCAGUCCUCCUUGUGCUUCCUCUUAUUUUACGUAAGACGGACAGAGGUGCAGCCAUCACGUUCAUAUGACACAAUGCGCUCAACCCCCCCCCCCCCCACUCUAUUAUUAUUAUUUCAUUAUGUAUAUAUAAAUAUUUGUGUUUAUAUUCAACAUCACGGGCAUGCGCUUAACCAUGUCCCAUCAGCUGUGGUUUGCUGUACACUGGAGAAAAAAAAGACAUACUAUUCAGUUUGCCCUAAAUGAAUCUAAUCUGUAAUAACCAUUUGAAAAGGAAUGAAUAUUUGACACGUAACAACUGAGUUCAUUUGUCAGUGACUUGUGGCCUGACUUCAUUUUCAACCUGUGUCUAUUUUUGAAUUCUGUGAAUAAAGUGUGGGAGGAAAUGGA